GUCUCGGUUCAGUCUGUCGCAACGUUUUCUUCUCUUUGUUUCUCAAGGAAAGUUCUGAUGGGCCAGCCUGGACCGCGCCGAGCCGGAUUAAAGUGGCAUUAAAGGCGGAUUAAAGGCUGGGAGCAGCGGGACCCGCAGAGGGCCAAGGGGGACUGGGCUCGGCCUCAGGUCUUCAGGUCUGAUCGGGUCCGGACCAUGGGUCGGUGGGACUGACGAACUUCUGAGGAAACUUUUUUUUGUGGCGUUUCCAUGGAGAUGGGAGUCUUCCCUUCCAGCUGAGGAAGCUGAUUAGACUCCGAUAAAGUAUCGAUACUCUGUAUUGAUCGCGUAUUGAUCGGAGGGAUGGCCGCGCUCCCGCUACUGUUGCUGCUCGUGCUUUGGACCUGCGGACACGCCAAAGGCGCGUUCCCGCUGCGACAGUCCUACAACCUGUACACCAAUGGACACGCGCACGGAGCCCGCGCUGCCAGCAGGCACAGGAACUGGUGUGCGUUUGUGGUCACAAAGACGGUGAGUUGUGUGGUUGAGGAUGGAGUUGAAACCUACGUGAAGCCUGACUAUCAUCCCUGCAGCUGGGGGAGUGGACAGUGCAGCCGGGUGGUGGUUUAUCGGACCUACAUGAGGCCGCGCUACAAAGUCGCCUACAAAAUGGUGACAGAGAUGGACUGGAAAUGUUGCCAUGGUUACAGUGGAGCAGACUGCAACAUUGGUCCAGCUGGUGGAGUAGGGACUCAGAUAUCCACCACCAGACCUCAGCCCGGACAGGGAGGGGGGACGACCAGUGGACAAGGUGGAGGAGGGCAUAGUUAUGGGGGAGGCAGUUCUGGAUCUGGACAGUCUGGAGGAAACGCGGACAACGAGAAGAUGAGACAGCUGGAGGAGAAGAUCCGCAGUCUUACAAAAAAUCUCCAGGACCUUCAGUCCACCAUGAGCACCAUGAAUGAGCGCUUACAGGAGGAGGGCGGCAGGAAUGGAUUUGGUGGAGGAAGCUCAGGAGGAAGAAACCCUGCGGAUGCCGCUCAGCCCGAGAUUAAAGAGACGAUUCACAGCAUUCAGACCAAACUGGACCAGCUGGACAACCGCACACAGGCUCACGAUAAAACCCUGGUCAGCAUCAACAACCACCUGGUAAACGGGAAAGGUAAUGAGUUGGAGGGAGGUGUGUCUGGAGGAUCGUUAAGUGAAGGACGGCUGAACUCACUGAAGGAGGAGAUCCUGAGCGAGCUGGAGAGGAGAGUGUCGCUGUCCUGCUCCUCCUGCCAAGCCGGCGUGGAGGAUCUGCGCAAACAGCAGCAGCAGGACCGUGAGAGGAUUCGAGCUCUGGAGAAGCAGAUGAACGCCAUGGACGCCCAGUAUCGGCAGAGCCUGGACGGGCUGCGGCGGGAGGUAGUGCGUUCGCAGGGAUGUUGCGACAUCAUCAGUGACCUCCAAGACCGCGUAACUGAUGCUGAACGCAAGAUCAGCACGGCCUCUGAGAACUUUGAUAUUCUGCAGAACCGCCUGGACAGGGAGCUCAGUGGACAAGGUGGCACCAGUAGCAGCGAAAACACUGGGUCCAGAGGACAAGGGUUACCUGUUGGCGGUGAAACCGGCGGGCGUGGUAGGGAUGCCGUGGUAACAGAGGAACGCCUGAACAACCGACUGAAGGAUCUGGAGCGACGGGUCAACAGCACUAUGCAGAAAACUGAAGAGAGCUGCACAUACCUAGAGAACGAUGUGAAAGACUACUUCCACAGAGAACUGGGCGAGCUGAGGUCCGUGUUUCUGGAGCGGUUUGAUGACCAGGCCGACAGGAUCACAGACGUGGAGCUGGACGUGGAGCAGGUCAAGGACAGCAUAAGUGAUCAUGACAAGCGGCUGUCGAAACUAGAAAACACCACCUCCCAAAUGAACUGGAGGCUGGAGAAGUGUGGAGGACGCUGGGGAGGUACCGGGGGAGGAUUACCGGGAACGGGAGGAGAAAGAGACAAUUCAACAAAGAAGUCUCUGGAGUGGAGAGUGGUGGCUAACGAGGAUCAGAUUCGACAUUUCAACACUCGACUCAAAGACCUGUCGAUGUCCGGAGACUCUCUGUAUGACAAGGUUUUGGAUCUGACCGAUGACGUCGGUAAAAUCAAAGCCCUGACUGGUGAUCACGGAGAACACUUUAACCGAAUCGUGACGGUGGUGGAGAUGCUGGGUGAGGACUGCGAGCUGUGCGGGAAGGUGGAGGAAGAGCUGCAGAAGAUGAAGAAUUAUUCCCAGAAUGCACUAUCAAAUAUUCAGAACCACAUCGACAGAAUCCAGAACAGACUGGACUCAGAGGGAGACAGCUGCUUCCAGAUGUGCUCAGACCUGCAGAGUGAAGUCAGUGUUCUGAGGGAUGAUGUCAGGAGGUGCACCAACCAAUGUAAGAGCAACCCGGACAUGACCACAGGUGUUGAUCAUGCUAGACCUGGUGGCACAGAUGACAACAGUGGGCAGCUGGAUCCUGCGAAGCCUUUAGACGGCCAUAGCGUGAUUGAAGGCAUCAACAAUAACCACCUGAAAACGCUGCAGGGCGAACUGUCCAAUGUCAUCCUCACCUUCAGCUCCAUCAACGACACCCUGAAGGGUCUGGAGCACACGGUGCAGAAACACGACAGCGUCAUCACGGACCUCGGAAAUACUAAGGAUAAGAUCAUCUCUGAGAUAGACAAAGUCCAGCAGGAGCUGACAGAGCACAUCGAAGACAACCGGAAACGUCUGGAUAAGAUGGACAGGGACAUUCGGCGAUUUGAGAGUACAGUGCUUGAGAUGGGAGACUGUAAGAGGUCUGGGGACGGGCUUGAGAAGAGGCUGUCGAAGCUGGAGGGAGUUUGCGGACGGCUGGAUGGGGUCUCUGACUCCAUCCUCAAAAUCAAGGAAGGACUGAACAAACACGUUUCGAGUUUGUGGACGUGUGUUUCUGGUCUGAAUGACACCGUUAUCCGUCAUGGAGGUCUGCUGGACUUUAUCCAGAACGGCCAGGACGACAUCCACAGCAGAGUGAAGAACCUGAACUCGAGCUUGAACCAGGUCUCCAGAGACCUGCAGAGUUUGUCAGAGCAGGACCUGACGGGCCCACCAGGCCCACCAGGACCUCAAGGACCUCAAGGACACCCAGGAGAACGAGGCUUCAAUGGGCUGCCUGGCCUCCCAGGGCCCUCUGGAUAUCCAGGACCACAAGGAGAAAUUGGCCCACCUGGUCCCAAAGGGGAAACAGGCCUUCCUGGCGCUGAUGCUCAAAUCCCCAAAUUGUCGUUCUCUGCUGCUUUAACUGCCCCCAUGGACAGAGCAGGAACCAUCGUCUUUGACAAGGUCUUUGUCAACGAAGGAAAUUUCUACAACCCGAGAACAGGUAUCUUCACUGCACCUGUAGAUGGAAAUUACUACUUCAGCGCCGUCCUGACAGGUCAUAGGAACGAAAAGAUCGAGGCAGUCCUGUCAAAGUCGAACUACGGCAUGGCCCGCGUGGACUCUGGAGGCUAUCAGCCCGAGGGCCUGGAGAACAACCCCGUGGCUGAGGCUAAAGUUAACCCGGGCUCUCUGGCCGUCUUCAGCAUCAUUCUGCCUCUGCAGACUCAGGACACGGUGUGCAUCGACCUGGUGAUGGGCAAACUGGCUCACUCUGUGGAGCCGCUCACCAUCUUCAACGGCAUGCUGCUGUAUGAAGACAAGUGAGCAUUUAUAUCGAUUUAUGGUGAACAAAAAGGCCUGAGGACCUGAACAGCGCUGUUUAAGAUUCAUGACAAACCCACAGGAGACGGGUCCAUAAAGUAUGAUGUCACUUCCUAAUUUGGGAGUGAUCGAGAACUGAUGACAGAGUGUUUUUCGAUGAAGCUUCUUGGUUGAUUUCAGCAUCAGUAUAACGUGUUUUAAACAGAUCACACAGACUGCACAGAAAACAUUUUCUUCAGAGGAGGCUUUACGUCACCUCUCAUGUGGAUGCCAGAGUGGAUUUACUAUAAACCCAGUCAGCUGAUCUGAUGUAGUCACAUGGUCUGACCUCAGAGCAGCACUGUGAGAACCGACGUCCCUGUAAACCAGGAUAAGCUGAUGCCUGCCAGACCUGCUUCCUCCUACUAGAAAGCCUCUGGAAACACACCGACGCAUGUGGUGAAGAGUUCCAGAUUUAACCGUGUAACGUGCUGUUAGUGCCCUCUAUAGGCCGCAGAGCUCAUUACAGCAAUAAUGUGAACAAGCAUUCUGAUGAUUUAUAGAUGAUUGGCUGCCACAUAAAGUUUGUACUGAGGGCGGUGCUACAGAAAGUUUGUGAAGUCACAAAAAUGCUAUUAAAGAUAUCAGUUAAUGAUCAUUAGAGCGGUAGAUGUUGAGAUAAAGUGGAUGUUUAUCAAAUGUAAGCCCCCUUCUGGGCAAAUGAGCAUGACUUUAAAUGUUAAUGCACUGUUACUCGUACCCACCACUCAGUCCACUCCCCCUGUGAAGCGCUUCCUGCCACAACCGCUCCGUCUUAUCCAGAUGUUGCUCUGCAGGCAUUAGAUGCUGACAGAUGUAAUCAGGUGGUGGGUCAGGUUUUCCACGAGGAUGAUGUUUAGUGCUGAAUAGUGAUUUAUGAGCCUUCACUCCUGCCCCCUGAUGGGGGUUUCCGUCGUCUUUUCUGUUGAGCAGAUGUGCUGAUGAUUCUUUUUCUUGAUCUUCAUCAUUUUUAAGUGGAAAUUGAAAAAUUUCAUCCCCCAGAAAAUGAAAGGAUACGUGCUGUUACCUUAAGAUGGGCGAAAAUAAAAAAUGGAAAACGGAAAUUUUUCUAGCACUCUCUUUGAAAUAUAUUUUUCAUUGCUGCAACCAGGUAGAGUUAGUGCUUAAAAGGAACAAAACAAUGACUGAAAAUAAGCCUCUUAACAUGCAAAAUUCUUAAUUAUAGAGAAACGAGAAACAAACUGCUCAGACUUUUCCGUACAGCUGUGCCUGUUAUUGAACUUGUGACUGGUGAAUCUUUGGGUAUCUGUUAUUACUGAUGGUGGGAUAUAUCGCCACCCCCGUGCCCUACCCUCACAGGUCAGUGGUCGUCUUGGCAACAUGAGACGUUGUGACUUUACAUACGAUGAAAGAAAACCAAAGAAAGCUUUUUUGCUCUGAUGCUUUCUAACAGCAGAAUGUCUAUCUAUUUUCAAUCUGUGUGGAUUUUAACUGAGAUGAGUUCACAUUGUGAAUGUUUUCAUAUUAAACAGCACUUUUUCUUGUUUUUAUUGUAAUUUUUAUGUUCUAACAAAUAUUUAUCACAGAAUUUCACAUUUAUGGACAAACGUUAAAGGUUGGAAAUACUCCGUAUUUUCUUACUGUCAAGAAAUACCAUAAAAGCACAGUGGUGGAAGAAAUAUUUUGAUCCUUUACUAAGUAAUAAUACCACAUUGUACUGUACUUAAGUAAAGAGAGUAACACCACUUGUAAAAAUAAAGAAUUACUAUU